AUGCCAUAUUUUUGCAACAUGCACGGGAUCCGCAAGUCGGACGUGGCGCAGACGCCCGAGGAAGAGGCCGCGAUGGUCGCGCUCGUCGCCAAGUACAAGGAGGUCUCGGCGCAAGUCAUGGCCCUGAAGAAGGCGCGGCAGUUUGACGUGGCGUCGCUGCAGCUGUCGGCGUACGUGGUCGCGCUCAACCCCGAAUUUUGGAUCGUGUGGGCGUAUCGCCGGGCGACGAUCGAGCACUUGAUCGCGGCCGAUGCGAGCGCCAAGCAAGCGCUUGGCGAGGCCGAGUGCGCCUUGACGCAGGAGGCGCUCAUGAAGAACCCAAAGAGCUACUCGGCGUGGUUCCAGCGCGAGUGGCUCGUCAAGCAGGGCAUGGCCGACCUCCCAACGGAGCUGCGGCUCUGCGACCUCCUUCUGAACAAGGACGAGCGCAACUUCCACUGUUGGAACUACCGCCGCGUCGUGACGCGCGUGGCCAAGACGCCCCUCGACGACGUGCUGGCGUUCACAAUGACCAAGAUUGAGCAAAACUUUAGCAACUACUCGGCUUUCCAGCAACGCACGCUCGUGCUGCCGUCGCCGCUGCCGCUCGAAGUCGCCAUGAUGGAGAUCGAGCUCGUCAAGCAAGCGGUCUUUACCGAGCCGGACGACCAAAGCAACUGGUUCUACUACCGGUGGGUCGUCGAGUCGCUCAUCAAGUCGCCGCCGUCCAACGACCACACGAACGACCCCGCGAUUGACAAUGAGUUUGACGACGACCAUGGCAUGCACAUGACGCUGCACGAACUGCUCCAGGAGCAAGUGAGCUGGAUCGAAGAGCUCGUGGAACUCGAGCCCGAGUCCAAGAUGGCGCUGGUGACGCUGGCCUUUGUGCUCGAGAAGGAAGCAGUCGUUGAGCGCGCUGACGAUGCAGAGAGCGCCGACGAGUCGAUUGCGCGCUGCGUCGAAGUGUACCACACGCUUCAAGCUAUCGACCCGGACCACGCGCAGUAUUACAAGGACCGCCUUGGCCUCUUGGUGGCCGCAUAG